AUGCUUGCGUUGAGACGAAAUUCCAGUCUUUAUGCGCUCUGUCGUAUGGCUAAUAACCUUAGUCUUCGAAAAAAGUCCACAAGCGUCUCUGAAAAGCUCACCAUGGCACAAGCUCAGAUGGAAUUCAUGACACAGGAAAAGAAUCCAUCUCAAGGUAGCCUUCCAUUUGAAAUGAGGAGACACAGCGAAAGUUUCGGCCAGUUGGUCAGAAGUGAGCACUGGAAAAAGAAGGGUGACCUCAACGACUCUGAGUACGUCAAGACCAUCGAGCUACACCCGGAAAACCAGAUGGAAUUGCUGCCUUCUCCAUUCAGAAACGCAGACGGCUCGUUUAUUCAGGGAAACACCUCCGAAGAAGCUAGACUUCAUCCACUUACGUUAGAGGCACGUGUUGACCACACGACAGUCAAGCUUCCUGAUGAAAUCGCAAAGGUUAUUAACAAGAACAUCCUCCUGGUUGUUUCCCCUGAUAAGCUAAGAGAGAGAUCAGCGUUGGUAUACCAGAGCUUGGAGAAAGAGCAAAUUCAGAAAGCGCCAGAUCUGAGCUUGGAGGCAGAUGCACAUAUUGCAUCGUUGUUCCUCCAGAAUUAUUCGCAUGCUAAGAGAGCACUCUCUGAGCUCAAAAAGAGAGUCGGAGACUCAUUCAAUCCUAAGAGCAUUUUAGAUGUGGGGUACGGGCCAGCAACAGGAAUGAUUGCAUUGAAUGAAAUCAUGGGUGAAAAUUUCAGACCAACCACGAAAGAAGUAUAUGUAGUCGGGAGAUCCAAUGCAGAAAUGAAAAAGAGAGCUAAAAUCCUCUUGUCCAGACAGGUAUGUGAGAUCCCAGAUGAGCACGAAUUGACCAAGGCUGCUCAGGAGGUGGUGGAAGAUGUGAUUGAAGAUCAAGAGGCCGAGGAAGGCGAGAAACCGGACAUUUCAGAAGGAUACACUAAUUUCGAAGAGAAGGAAUACAUUGGUCCAGUUGAUGCAUCUCAAAUUAAGAUCAGAACUAGAUUGAGAGAUGCAUUGCCCUCCACUAAGCAGUAUGAGCUCAUUAUUGUCAACCAAGCGUUGCUCACGCGUGAAUACAGUUUUCCAAAUGACGUGGAUACCAACAUCCACAUGCUUUUGAGGCUUCUCAAACCUAAUGGACAUUUAGUUUUGAUUGAACGUGGAAAUGCCUUGGGAUUUGAGAUUGUGGCCAGAGCAAGACAGAUCAUGUUGCGUCCAGAAUCUUUUGAGAGCGAAAAGGGGUCAAUUCCUCGACCUUAUAUCAAAGGAUCCACAUAUAAGCCUCAGAAGAUCAGAAGAGAGGACCAACUUAUCACUGAAGAUCACAUCAAGUUUGAGGAGCAACUACUUGAGCAGUUAGAGCGUGAAGAUUUAGAAGAGGAACUUGCACAAUUGAACGAAACUUUGGGCGAGCCUGAGAGUGGACUUGAGAAGGAAAUCAUUGCAAAGCAUGGUCAAGUUACAGAAGAAGAUCUCAAGUUUGAGUUUGAAGACGAUGAAAAUUAUGAUGUUAUUCCUGUGGAAGAGGAAGGACGGGCUAUUCUGGAUACUCCGACAGACAAAGUGGACUACCAUUUGAGUGUAGUAGCUCCAUGUUCCCAUCACGCAAGAUGUCCUCUUCAACUUGGUGAUCCUAACCUUUACAAGGUUUCUAACCAUAAGCAUCGGCUCAACUUUUGCUCUUUCAAUCAAGUUGUGGAGAGACCAAAAUACACCAUGGAGCUCAAGAGAGGUAGAAGACUUGCUACUCAAUGGGACAAAGGUGCACACGAUGGAAUGGGGAUCGACAAUCUUUCCAAGAAGACUUUGAAGAACCUUGAAGGCUCGGGACGUCCUGGAGGAAACAACACCGAGUCAGGAAACUUUUCGUACCUCAUCAUGCAUAGAUCACCCAAUGAUUCUUCGACCAUUGCAAAAAUUGAGAGCGAUAGAGCACAUCAUGCCGAUGUCAGUCAGCAAGCUGUUCGCUGGCCUCGUAUUCUCGAAUUUCCUGCUAAAAUUAAGAACAAUGUCAAGCUCAAUGUUUGCGCUCCAUCUGGAAACAUCGAGGUAUGGCAAGUGCCAAAAAGUUUGGGCAAACAAACUUACCAUGAUGCCCGUAAGAUGAGACAAGGGGAUCUCUGGGCAUUGGAUAAGAAGAGUGUUAUUGUUAAGAACAGGUUGUCACCAGCCAACUUUGACAAAUUGAAUCGGUUGGCUAGUACCCAGCGUAAGUUCAUCAUGAAGGAAAAGAGGAAGAAGCAGUGGAAGAAGAUUGUCAGUCGUAGCGAGAGUGAUUUUGAGGAGAAUCCAAUUGAAUUGGCAGACGAGUUGGCAAGUGACUUGGAAAGUUCAAAGAAGUACAGAACUGAGGGUAAGAGGGCCAAAUUUGAUGUGAACCCUCGGACUUAUGAUGGAAACUAA